AGCACGCACGCAGAGACGUAAGCGCGUUACCACCAGCGACGGCUGUAAACAGCGCCUCGACAAGCAGCAGCCACCACUCUAAAAAAUUACCUAAUUUACGUGGAAGGAAAGGACAUAUCCCUAUAUUAUAUCCCCGGACGCGGUUUCACAUCGCAAACAUGAACGCUACACGGCACGUAUCACGUCGGAGGGACGGGAUCCGUGUCAAACAAAGCUAAUUUAAGCUUAUUUAGCUAGGUUGCUAAGCUAACCCAGCCAGCUCUCUAAGUGCCCUUAAGCUCACGUUGGUGUCUUCGCUCACGUCCGCUACUACGACUGAACUACUGAACUAAAAGUGGACAGGUGACAACUGUUGAAUGACUUCUCCUCCACGCGGACUGAGAUGUUUAGCCUGAUGGCGAACUGCUGCAGCUGGUUGAAGAGAUGGCGUAAACCCGCCAGGAAGGUGACGUUAGUGAUGGUGGGACUUGAUAAUGCUGGGAAGACGGCGACGGUUCGAGGGAUUCAAGGAGAGAGUCCCCAGGACGUGGCACCCACGGUGGGCUUCUCCAAGGUCUCCCUGCGUCAGGGCAAGUUCGAGGUGACCAUCUUCGACCUGGGCGGGGGCAAGCGGAUCCGGGGCAUCUGGAAGAACUACUACUCGGAGUCGUACGGCGUGGUGUUCGUGGUCGACUCGAGCGACGCCCGGCGGCUGCAGGAGACCAGGGAGGCCAUCGCCGAGGUGCUGAGGCACCCCCGCAUCGCCGGCAAGCCUGUCCUCGUGCUGGCCAACAAGCAGGAUCAGGAGGGGGCUCUGGCCGAGGCCGACAUCAUCGAGAGCCUGGCCCUGGAGAAGCUGGUGAACGAGAACAAGUGUCUCUGUCAGAUCGAGCCGUGCUCUGCCAUCCUCGGCUGCGGCAAGAAGAUGGACAAGUCCAUCAAGAACGGUCUGAAGUGGUUGCUAGGCAACAUCGCCAAGGACUACGAGGCCAUCUCUGAGCGCGUGCAGAAGGACACGGCCGAGCAGCGGGCCCAGGAGGACCAGGACAAGAAGGAGAGGGCCGAGAGGGUGCGGCGCAUCCGCCAGGAGAGGGAGCAGGAGGAGCUAGAGGAGGCGGAGCGAGAGGGCACGCAGACCCAGGGGGCGGGGCCUGUGGACGAGACCAUGAUGACCAGUCCCUUCCAGCCAAUAGGGAACGUGAUCACCGAGAACGAGGAAAAGGCGAAGGACAGGAAGAGGCACCGCACACGGGAGGAAGAGGAAGAGGAGGAGGGCGGGACUAACGGCACGGCGGGUGAUCAGGGUCGACACGAAGAGGAGGAGGAGGAGGAGGAAGAGGAGAACGGCGAGGAGAUGGACACGGCCGCUAGGCAGACGCCGGAGCAGCCCGGCUCGGCGGCGUCCGGCGACCAGGGGCGGAAGAAGACGAGGAAGCUGCAGCUGAAGAGGAAGAACCGCGUCGACCCCCUUCAGACGGAGGGCCCCCCCGCCGAGGGCCCCUCCCCCCCGCCUCCGCCAGUGGGCUGGGCCACGCCCAAGGCCUCCAGGCUGCACAAGCUGCAGCCUCUGGGCGAAUCCAGACGCUCCGAAUUCUUCGGAAAACCCCUCCCGCCCGUCCUGGUUCGCCAGCAGCCCAACGGCGACACGCACGACAUCAUAUCCUAACCCCCCCCCCACUCCUUCUUAUCAGACCUUUUUUUGGAGAACAAAUGUAAAUACUUGUAUUACCAUAACUGUCACGUUAAUUUUUUCGUCGACUGUCGGCCAUUGUUUGAAAUAUCGAGAUGAUUUCCAACGCGACGUGAAUGUCGGAAAAAGGGAUUUAUACCUUUAUCUGAAACUUUUAACGCACUACUCAUUUUUUCAUUUAUUUUUCCUUGUAACGUGCAAUACUUUACAGACGGCAUAUUAAGGAUACAAUAUAGAAUAUACUGUACACAGCGAUAUGGGGAAAGUAUGAUGCUGUUUAAACAGAGGCUUUUAUUUGGAAAUUUGGCUCCAAAUACUGGCAAGAGUGCCAGGGAAAAAAACUUUAUGACUGUAGAGAGACUAGCGGCUGAAGAUUGAGAAGAUUUAAAUGUAUGGGCAGCUACACACGUAAACGCACACACACGAAUGCUAAUGUUGAUUUGUGUGUACGCGCACACAGCUUUUGUUUUCAAAUAGACAAGGUCAAGUCAUUUUCAAAGGUCCACACUUUUCAUUGUUUUAUUACUGCCUAGAGUUAAUUUCUCCAUCAAGGCAACCCUUUUCACUUUGGUAUUAUUGAUUUAUUUCUAAAUUGAGUAUGACUUGUUCAAUUGACUGAAAACGGCUGACAGUAGACUAGAUUGCGAGCCUGAAAAAUUAGUUAUAUUUUCAAAUAAAAUCAUGUACAAUUUUUCUUUAUAUUAUGAAGCAGAAUAUAUCAUGGAGCCUAGAUGUUUUUGGAAACGUAUCCUUUUUUUUCUACCUGGAAUGUAUUUUGUAUUAACACAAUAAAGGUUUUUUUAAAGUAUAAA